AAGUCGUUCCGGCUCCCUCACAAAAUUGAAAAGCUCUCUCUCUCUCUCUCUCUCUCUUAAUGUCAGCCUGAGAGCGACCGUCCGGUGGGUGUGUCCGGCGAAAUGGCGAGGAAGAAGGGCAAGGAAGUCGCCGGGAAAGGAUCGUCCGGCAAGCGGAAGGUCGACGACGACCGCCGCGACGACGACAAGACCGGCGGCGGCCGCAAGCGGAGGAACCGCGGCGUCCUCCAGUUCUUCGAGGACGCCGCCGACGAGACCGGCGGCGGCGACGACUCCAGCGACGACAGCAUCUUCGACGAUGAAGGUUUCAUGGAAGAAGUUGAUGCUGUGCAAAAUCUCAAGAAUGAUGCAUUUAAAGCACAUAACCUUCCGGUUUUCCCCAAAGAAGAGCAGUUCGAGGAGGAAUUUGAUAAAAUUAUGGAAGCACGUUACAGAGAUGGCUCAGCGCUUGUAAGAUUUGCUGAUGAAUAUGAUGCGAAGGACUCGGUUGAAGUAGGUUCUGGUAUGCCUUCUGUUAAGGAUCCAGUGGUCUGGAAAGUUAAAUGCACGGUUGGUCGAGAGAGAAAUUCAGCCUUUUGUCUUAUGCAGAAGUAUGUUGACUUAAUGUCACUGGGUAACAAGAUUCAGAUUAUAUCUGCAUUUGCUAUUGACCAUGUUAAAGGUUACAUUUACAUUGAAGCAGACCGUCAGUCUGAUGUAAUUGAGUCAUGUAGGGGCCUCUGUAGUAUCUAUACUAGUCGAAUAGCACCAGUUCCGAGAAACGAAGUUUCCCAUUUGCUUUCUUUGAGAAGCAAUCGCAGUGAAGUCUCUGUGGACACAUGGGCCCGUGUGAAGAAUGGUAAAUACAAGGGGGACCUUGCAAAGAUUGUUGCGGUAAAUAAUGAGCGAAGAAGGGCAACAGUGAAGUUGAUCCCCAGAAUCGACUUACAGGCGAUGGCUGAGAAAUUUGGUGGGGGUGCUUCUAUUAAGAGAACAGCUGUACCAGCGCCCAAAUUAAUCAGCUCAAGUGAACUCGAGGAGUUCCGUCCUAUGAUGCAGUUUCGGCGCGAUCGUGAUACUGGCAAACAUUUUGAGGUUCUUGAUGGAUUGAUGUUCAAGGAUGGAUAUUUAUACAAAAGAAUGUCAUUAGAAGCAUUAAGCUUUUGGAGUGUCAUGCCUACAGAAGAGGAAUUAUUGAAGUUUCAGCCUUCUGAGAAUAAUGAAUCUGGAGAUUUGGAAUGGCUUUCACAGAUUUAUGGUGAGAAAAAGAAAAAGCGAACAAUAGAGUGUGAUAAAGGUGGUGAAAAAGGAGAUGGCUCAUCCAGCUCCAAUUCUGCAAAAAAAUACGAACUAUAUGAACUUGUCAGUCUUGGGGGAAAAGACUUUGGUCUUAUUGUUGGAUUUGACAAAGAUGAUAGUUACAAGAUCCUUCAAGAGGGCUCAGAGGGAAGUAAAGUGUUGAAUGUGGGUGUUCAUGAUAUAAAGAAUGGACCCUUUGAGGGAAAGUUUACAGCAUUUGAUCAGCACAAGAAACCCAUUUCAGUUAAUGACUCAGUUCGGGUGCUGGAAGGUCCAUCAAAGGAUAAGGAAGGGAUUGUCAAGCAAAUCUACAGAGGGAUUGUCUUUCUACACAAUGAGAAUGAGGAGGAAAAUGGGGGUUAUACCUGUUGCAAAGCUCAAUGUUGCGAGAAAAUGAAAGCUCCAGUUCAUGCAUGCUCUGAAAAGGGUGCUGAAUCAGGUUUUUUUGGAUUUGAUGAUUCACCAUCUUCUCCCAAAUCCCCUUUGUCACCUAAGAAGUCAUGGCAAGCGAGGGAAAACAAUGACUUUACUCGAGGUGAUAAAGAUGGACCAUUCUCGGUCGGGCAAACAUUGAGAAUCAGGGUUGGCCCUUUGAAGGGAUAUCUUUGCCGUGUCAUAGCUGUAAGGCGUUCUGACAUCACAGUGAAGCUUGACUCUCAACAAAAAGUUCUUACAGUUAAAUCGGAGCAUCUUGCUGAACUUCGUGGAAGGAGCACUGCUAUAUUGAAUGGGGUGGAUCCUGACUCCAGUACCUCAAAACCAUUUGAUCUUUCUGGAAAUGAGGGAUGUUCUACAGAUUGGAUAGGUGGAGCUGGACCUUCAGCAGGUGGCAGUGGCUGGAACGUUGGAGGGUCAUCUGAUACGGGGAGUUCCUGGCCUAGUUUUUCUGCCUCAGGAUUUUCGGUUCCAACUGAACAUGAUUCUGCAGAUCCAUCUAGCUCUGCAGGUUUUGAUUCCAAAAAGGAUGUAGAGGACAACGGAUGGGAGAAAAAAGUGGCUCCAGAACAGCACUCCACUUGGGGUAAAGCUGCAUCCACUGAUAAAGAGGCCUCUCAUGAUGAUCAAAUAAGUGGGUGGGGAAAAGGUGAUGACAUGUGGAACAAAGCUAGCACAAAAGGUAGUUUUGGUGGCAGUUCUUCAGGCAGCUGGGGUAAAGGAUCGCAACAAACUGGAGUUGCUGCAGAAUCUUCUAAAAAUGAUGCAGGCAAUUGGGGCAAUGCAACACUUGGAGCUGGGAAUGAAAAGGAUGGGAAUGUCACUAACAAAAGUGCACAGAAGGAUUCGGAUGAAUCUUUUGGUAGAGGGGAGGAUAAUGCCUUUGGUGGGGAUAAAGGUGGUUGGAACAAACCAAAGACUUCUAGCACUGAUGGCGGUUCUUCUUGGAAUAAUUGGAAUAAUCAAGAUGCUAGUUCAUCAUUGGGAAAAGCGGAAGACCCUUCAAAGGAUUCUCAUAGUUGGGGUGGUGUGAACCUCAAGACGAAAAGUCAUCUUGAUUCCUCUAGUGAGGCUGCAGCUUUUGAAGAAAAGAACAAGGAUUUAAGUGAUAAAUGGGGUAAACAAGCUGGAGGUUCUUGGAAGAGAACAGAUGGAAGUUCUUGGAAUGCAGCUGAUGAGGGCUCAUCAUUAAAGAGAGAUGAAGGGGUUUCUUCGUGGAAGAAACAAGAUGGAGUUUCUUCAUGGAGUAAAUUAGAUGAUGGUAAUGAGAAAGAUGGCUCUUCUACAUGGGGCAAACGAGCUGACCGUCAUUGGGAUAAAACAAGUAAAGCAGAUGGGGUUUCAUCAUGGAGUAAGCAAGCUGACGCACAUAAAGAAGAUGGCGGUUCCUGGGGGAAAGGAGAUGGAAGUUCUUCUUGGGGUAAGCAAACUGGAGGAUCUUCAUGGGACAAACAAGGAAAUGAGGACCGAAGUCACAGAUGGAGUACAUCUCAAACUGUUGGUGGAGAUCAAGGGUGCAGAGAUUGGGGGAAGGAAAAGAAAGAUGAUUCAAAUAAGCAAGACUCAUGGGAGAGGCGGAAAACAUUUGAUGGGGGUCGUGGAUCAGGUGGGAGAAGAGGAAGAGGUGGUCAACAAGGUGGUGGUCGUUUUGGAAGAGGAAGAUCAUACGGUCAGGAUUCGUCAUCUGGAUGGAAAAAUGAAGGUGAUGGUGCUGCAUCUUGGGUUAAAGAAAAAAGUUCAGGCAGUGGAUGGGGAAGCUCAGAGGGAUCCUGGGGCAACAGAAAGGUGGAUUCUUCUUCUGGGGGUAAUGGUGGAUAUGAGAGCCGCAAUCAAAGAGGCAGUUGGAACAAACCCAAAUCUUUUGGCGCUGAUGGAGGAUCUUGGAAUAAACAAGAUGGAGGAUCUUGGAGUAAACAAGAUGAAGGAUCAUCCUGGAGUAAACCGGUUAGAGGAUCUUGGAAUGAUGCUGGAGGUAACUCUGGCAAUCAGGAACUGAAAGCUGAUUUUGCAUCUUCCUGGGGGAACAAAGAAGGUUCGAAGAGUGACUGGGCUAAAUCCAAGGACUCCUGGGAGAAAGAGAAGGGGGAUUCAGGACCUGGUGGAUGGAGCACAGGUAAAUCUGGUGGCAACAAUCAAACUGAUAGCUGGAACAAGCCAAAGAUUUCUUCUGAAUGGUCUUCAUGGAACAAACAAGGUGAAAAUGCUUCAUGGAAUGAACACGCAGGAGACACUUCAAGAGCUGGGGAUGACAAGUGGGAUGAUAUGAUUGGAAACCUUAAUAAGUCUUCUUCCAGUGCUGCACCAUGGGGAAAGAACAAAUUCACAAGCAACGCUGAGAGCAGCAGGAAAAAAUCCGAGGAAUCUUGCGACACUGGAAAUGCAGAUUCUGGUGCGGAUGCAUUGAAUGAAGGUGGAUCUACUGGCCAGGAGAUGGACCAGUGGAGCAAGCCAAAGGCUUCCGAUGCCAUUGGAGGGUCAUGGAACAAAAGCGGAGGCUCUUGGAAUAAACAAGAUAAAGAUUCUUCCUAUGGUAAACAAGAUGGAGGCUCUUUUUUGAGUGGUUUGGAAAGUGGGAAAAAUGUUGAUGGUUGGAAGAAAACUGACUGUUCUGUUGGGGGAGAAGGGUCUGGUGGUCGGAACAAGGGAUGGUCUGGAAACAAAUAUAAUUCUGAUGGUGGGUCAUGGAAUAAAAAUGGAGGCUCUCUUGGUAAAGAAAGUGGAGAAUCUGCAUGGGGCAAACAAGGUGGUGGGUCCUCCUGGGCUGGGCAGGGAAGUGGAAACAAUGGUGAUGGUUCGAAGAAAACUGAGAAUUCUGGUGGAGGAGAAGGGUACAGUAAUUGGAAGAAGGGAUGGUCGGGAAACAAAGAUGACCCUGGCAGAGGGUCAUGGAAUAAAGAGAGUGGAGAUUCUUCAUGGGGCAAACAAGGUGAUCGGUCCUCCUGGGCUGGGCAGGGAAGUGGAAACAAUGGUGAUGGUUGGAAGAAAACUGAGAGUUCCAGAGGAGAAGGAUCUGGUGGUUGGAAUAAGAGUUGGUCUGGAAACAGAGAUGACGCUGAGGGUGGGUCUUGGAACAAAAAUGGAGGAUCUUCAAAUAAAGAAAGUGGAGAUUCUUCAUGGGGCAAACAAGGUGGUGGGUCUUCCUGGGCUGGGCAGGGAAGUGGAACCAGUGGUGAUGGUUGGAAGAAAACUGUGAGUUCUGAUGGAGGAGAGGGUUCCGGUGGUUGGAAGAAAGGAGGGUCAGGGAAUAUGGAUGAUGCAGAUGGGAGCAGUUGGGAGAAGCCGAGACCAUCUGAUGGGGGCCAAGGAUGGUCAGGUGGGAGAAGUGGGUGGGGUGGUGGCCGAGGUGGUAAUUGAGAUCAAUUUGCUGGCAAAAGAUAAUUUGGUCGUGGUCAGUCUUUAGGAUCGAAUGGCUGAUGUUUCCUCCUGUGGGACUUCCUAAACCUUUUGGGAUGCAUAACUUGCCAGCCUUUGUUAAUAUUAUGGUAAGUACUACUUUGCAGUGAUAGUUAUUUCUAGGAAUGGUAGACGGAUGUCUAGAAAUUAUUAUGUUUUGGGAACAGGGGAAAUGUUUGAAAUGUUAUUUUGUUGCUGUUGUUAGCCGUCGGUUAUAUCUGCUGUUCAAUUGAAUGUGUUGUUUGCUUUGGUUCUCAACUGAAACUUUAGCCCCUAUUUUAUGUCCUGUUUACGAGACUUGUUACUCAGGCAGCUGGCCAAGUGGUACAAGUUGCAUUGUUCAUGCCCAAAUAGUAUGAAGAAGCCUUGGUCCUAGGUUCAGAUA